GAAGAUGAGAGAUCUUUCACACACAUCGUUUUCUCUUUCAGAUACUGAAACCACAGUUAGCGUAAGAGACCUCCGAAAAUGAUCACAGAUCUUCUUUAUUUUUUUCUUAUCCACCAAUUUCUUGGCAAUUUGGGAAUUCAGAAACAGAAUAUUUCUUACGGCUAUUUGUUUCAUCAACACUUUUUAAAACAAGUUCUUAACCAAAUUCUAUUGGUCUUUGUCAGGGAAACAAAUUUGUCAAAUUAAACUCUGCGCAAAAGCUCAUCCGGUGAAAAAAAUACAUAGGGUGACAUUUCUGUAUGAUUUUUUUGACAUAUAAUAUGCUCCGUUCAUGAAUUAGUUAUUGCCAUUUCUUGGCUUUUGUACUCAAACUGGUUUUGUGAAAUGGUUUCUUUCCGAGUAAUAGUUGACCAAGUUACAAGUAACCAUCCCUAUCUCGAAAUAUCAUAUCAGUAACUUUUCCUUCCUCAUCUUUCUUUCUGCAGUUUAGAUUUAAAAGACAAUGUUUUUGACAUUCUCAUUGGGUUGUAGCUUAAUAAUUGCAUCUUGAACAACAACGAAAGAGUUAUGUGUUCUGUUUAUUUUUACAUCUUAAUUUGGGGUUUCUAUGAACUUUCAAAACAGGCUGGUGGUUCUGGAAUGGACAUGAGAAGCACAGCCAAGGUAAUCUUUUCAUUUUAUUUACACUUUAAGUUACAAAUUUCCUGUAAAAUAGAAUCAAAAUGACAAAGCAUACUGAUCUCUCUUUGGUUUACAUUUACACUCUCCCUAGACCUGCAACCAACCAUCAAAACUCCCAAAAAGGAAUUAUGAUGGUUCCAACACUGGUGAAGCUCCUGGGAAAGACAGUGAGGGACCAUACUACUGCAGUGUUGGAACUGACAAAUCUUUUGGAAGGGACAAUGUUGAUUCUCACUACAAGAAAUGUUUGUAUGCCGGAAUUAACACCAGUGCAGAUCAAUGGAGAAGUCAUGCCUGGUCAGUUGGAGUUUCAAGUCCCCCCAUCGGUUGGUUUUAUGUGCUUUGGGCUUUGCUUUGCAGCGGAUCUACGGUGGACGGGGCGAUGAGUUGAAGAGAAGAUGACAUGAUUAUUUAUAGGUGUAGACUUCGUCGGUUACCAUGGAUGAAUCUUAUCGGUAUUGAUUGGGACAGAGUGGAAGAAGUGGAGUUAAUUGCCUCUAUUAUGACGUCGACUAAUUUACGGCCAAAGACAUUACACAGCCUGGAAAUAAACAUGGCUGGUGUCACCACUCAGAAAUGAGUAGUUAAUGGAGGUGUAGAGAAUCGUAGUAAGGUUAGUGAUGUAUCGAAAGGGAGAGCAUAAGGUUAAGCGAAAAGAGGUGAUAAAGUUGAAGCACAGGUUCAUGGAUUCCCUCUAUAAUUUACUUGAUGGCUCGAGUGAUAAUAAAAAGUUUGAAGAAUGAAUAUCGAGCUAUUAUUGGAGCACAGAUCAUAUAUUCUUUGAGCCCUUUUAAUUCUGCAAUUUUCUUCUCUGUUUUUUAUUAUAAAGAACUAAGCGUUUUUGAACGACUUUCAAAGCCUUUUAGCAAUGUUAGCUUUCAAUAUGUUUCAUAUCCUUAAGCUAUGAUUAAUAACUUAAUUUUUUUUGUUUCUAACUUUGUGUAUAUUUAUAGAUAUAUAUAUAUAUCCAACUUUUUAAUGUUU